AUGCGAUGUGUCCUUUGUAGGCUUGCGGCUAUUCGCUUCUUGAUCUUCCGCUUCCGGCCCAAUGUGUGGUAUUUUGGUUUGGUCCUCUUGGCCCGAGGACCCUUGCUGUCCAUGCCAGGUGUGAUCGCGACCAACAUGCCCAGCUUGCAACUUACGCUGAUGCACAUGAUUCUGCUUGGAUCUCUUUGCCUUCAAUUGUGGUUCCUGCCAUGGAAAUCCCCAAUCCUGAAUCUGGUCGAUGGAGUCUCAGUGUCGCUCCUCGUGAUGCUUUUGGCAGGGUCGCUUGGAUAUGCCGACAGCAGCGGGGAAGAUGCUGCACGUGUUCUAUCUCUCUUCGGCACCGUCAUCUCCUCUUUGAUGGUCGUCAUCCUCGGAGGGAUGGUGAUGCUUGGCCUGACCGCUCUCAUCUACCGCUCGGCGCUGGGCAGUUCAAAGGAAUUGCGCAUCAUGAACCUGGGCAAGGUCCCAGAAGAGAAGGAUGUCUUUCAGAGUCUCCUGGACGUGGCGACUUUCCUCAAGGAAGAUGGACAAGGCAAGGAGGCGACCUUCAUCAAGGACUUGAGCAAUCUCUCAACAUAUGACAUUGGCACCAUCACCCGUGCGAUCAACAUUCUUGCGGACGACCUCAAUAUGACUCUGAGUCAUGGGAGCCUGCGCAAGAGCUCCUCCCGUCGCAUCGCGACCGGAACACGCACCUUCAGGACUCAGGGCCUUGAAGGAACAUGUGGGCACCAAAAACUAAAACCAAACGGAAGAUACGCUAAUAGUCGUGGGGAGUAG